AUGCACGCACCACCAAAAAAUCUGCUGUUUUCCAUUUAUUAUCCGGUCCUUGCAGUUAUCGGGAUUCCAGCUAAUUUGGCAGUAAUUGCUAUCUUGCCUCGAAGAGGAUGUGGUCUCUCCGUAUGCAUCACAUAUUACCUUGUGUCCAUGGCGGUGACAGAUCUCUUUGUCAUGGUCAUUGCUGUAAUAUUAAACCGAAUAGCUGGAAUGUUCUUCCCAUCCAGUUUCCUAUUCAUCACGCCGAUAUGCAGUCUCCGUAUUGUCUUAAUCUAUAUUGCCAUAGACAGUUCUGUUUGGUUAACGGUCGCCUUUACAUUUGAUCGAUUUGUGGCCAUAUGUUGCCAAAAAUUGAAAAUGAAGUACUGUACUAAAAAGAUGGCAGUGCGUAUUAUAACAAUUGUCAUGGUAUUGGUCUGCGGAAAAGAUACCUUUUUAUAUUUUGUCUAUGAACCUGUUUACAUAAGUAACAAUGUACCCUGGUUCUGCGUUUUAAAAUUGAUGUUUUAUUCAUCACCUGCAUGGGUCGCAUACGAUGUCAUUCGCUCAGUUUUAAAUCCUUGUCUCCCAUUCAUUCUGAUUUUAUUGCUCAAUGGUCUGACAGUUAGACACAUUCUAGCAGCCAAUAGGGCCCGCAGGCGACUCCGGACCCGGAACAGUGGAGAAAAUCGGAGAGACCCCGAGAUGGAAAAACGAAAGAAAUCAAUGGUUUUACUUUUCACCAUCUCAGGCAGUUUCAUCCUGUUAUAUUCAUUAUUUUUUGUAACGAUUCUUUACGUCCGGAUUGGGAAAGUUAUUUAUUUCUCAGGUUCUAAUUCCAAUGGAUCUUCAUUUAAUUUGGAGGAAACCGGGUAUAUGCUUCAGUUCUUGAGUUCCUGCAUCAAUGCAUUUAUUUAUACUGGAACACAGAACAAGUUCAGAACAGAAUUGAAGAAUGGAGUGAAGUAUCCAAUCAGUCUGUUUAUUAAAAUAGCAAACUUACGAAAAAAGCACCAGCAGGUUCACACUUGGAAGACACCGUUCAGCUGCUCCGAGUGUGGAAGGGGAUUCACUCGGUCGUCCAACCUUCUGAGACACCAGCAAGUUCACACUGCGGAGAGAUCUUUCAAAUGCCCAGACUGUGGGAAGUGCUACAGAAGCUCCUGGGAACUGAAUUGUCAUCAAUGUGUUCACACUGAGGAGAGACAUUUUAAAUGCUCAGACUAUGGGAAUCCCUAUGCACAUUCUUGGGGACGGUUUUAUCGUCAACGUGUUCACACUGAGGAGAGUCCUUUCAAACGUCUAGUCUGUGGAAAGUGCUAUCGAAGUUCUGUCGAACUGAUGUCCCGUCAACAUUUUCACAUGAUGAGGCACCUUUCGGGUGCUUUCAUUGUGGGUCUGGGUCCAGGUGAUCAUCUCAACUCUGAGUGA